AUGCCUCGACCGAAUCCCCCUAACGCUUCAGGAUCUCGCAAGAUUUCGUUCAAUGUGAGCGAGCAGUAUAAUGUCCAAGAUGUUGUCGGCGAGGGUGCUUAUGGUGUAGUCUGCUCUGCCAUUCACAAGCCCUCAAGCCAAAAGGUUGCCAUCAAGAAGAUCACUCCUUUCGACCACUCCAUGUUCUGUCUAAGAACUCUACGAGAGAUGAAGCUAUUGCAGUACUUCAACCACGAAAACAUCAUCUCCAUUCUCGACAUUCAGAAGCCCCGAGAUUAUGAAUCAUUCAACGAAGUCUACAUAAUCCAGGAGCUGAUGGAGACGGACAUGCACCGAGUCAUCCGUACCCAAGACCUUUCUGACGACCACUGCCAGUACUUCAUCUACCAGACCCUCCGCGCCCUCAAGGCCAUGCACUCAGCCAACGUGCUGCACCGAGACUUGAAGCCCUCCAACCUCCUCCUCAACGCUAACUGUGAUCUCAAGGUCUGCGAUUUUGGUCUUGCGCGAUCCGCUGCUUCGCAGGAGGACAACUCCGGUUUCAUGACUGAAUAUGUCGCGACUCGAUGGUACCGUGCGCCCGAGAUCAUGUUGACUUUCAAGGAGUACACCAAGGCUAUUGAUGUGUGGUCGGUCGGCUGCAUUCUCGCCGAGAUGCUAAGCGGCAAGCCCCUAUUCCCUGGCAAGGACUACUACUACGGAAUCAAGUCGCGCCGCGCUCGAGAAUACAUUCGAUCGCUUCCCUUGAAGAAAAAGGUUCCCUUCCGAACUCUAUUUCCCAAGACCUCGGAUCUGGCCCUCGACCUGCUCGAGAAGCUCCUCGCAUUCAACCCCGUUAAGCGCAUUACCGUGGAGGAGGCUCUGAAGCACCCAUACCUGGAGCCUUACCACGAUCCGGAGGACGAGCCAAUUGCGCCCCCGAUCCCCGAGGAGUUUUUUGACUUUGGCAAGCACAAGGAGAGCCUGAGCAAGGAGCAGCUGAAGCAGCUGAUCUAUCAGGAGAUUAUGAGGCAAAAGUGA